AUGGUGCUGGGUUGUCGGUUCAAAAUGCACCGCUGCCCUUCAAAUACGUCACUCAUUUCUUCAAGCUAGAGGUCUUAAUGGGUCCCCAAAAAACAGUGGUGUAAAGUACUUGGGUAAAAAUACUUUAAAGUACUACUUAAGUAGUUUUUUGGGGUAUCUGUACUUUACUUUACUAUUUAUAUUUUUGACUACUUUUACUUUUACUCCACUACAUUCCUAAAGAAAAUAAUGUACUUUUUACUCCAUACAUUUUCCCUGACACCCAAAAGUACUGGUUACAUUUCCAAUGCUUAGAAGGACAGGAAUAUGGUCCAAUUCAUACACAUCAAGAGAACAUCCCUGGUCAUCCCUACUGCUUCUUAUCUGGCGGACUCACUAAACACUAAUUAUUAAUUUGUAAAUUAUGCCUGAGUGUUGGAGUAUGCCCUGGCUAUCCGUAAAAAAUAAAAUUAUGGAAAUCGUGCCAUCUGGUUUGCUUAAUAUAAGGAACGUGAAAUGAUUUAUACUUAAUACUUUUACUUUUGAUACUUAAGUUUAUUUUAGCAAUUACAUUUACUUUUGAUACUUAAGUAUGUUUAAAACCAAAUACUUUUAGACUUUUACUCAAGUAGUAUUUUACUAGGUGACUUUCACUUUUACUUGAGUAAUUUUCUAUUAAGGUAUCUUUACUUUUACUCAAGUAUGACAAUUGAGUACUUUUUCCACCACUGCAAAAAACAGAGCUGUUCCAAAUGGACCCGAGGACAGUCAGACCCGUUCCGAAAAGGCCGGUGGAAAAAUAGACCCAAACAGACCCGUGCCAGUUCGGAUCCGAGAGACCCUUUCAGAUUUGAGAGUAGAAAGAGAGAGAGAAGGAAACAUCUGACUGGACACUUCCAGCACCAUCAACAAAUUAGCGAAAUUGACCAAAUGUUCCAAAGUUACGUGUCCUUAAAAACUGGCUUUAACAAAUUACAAAAAACGACUUGUUUUGUUUCGAUGUGUAGCAUAUUCAGAACCAUGUUCCCGACACGACAUUCAUUUCUUUAUCCUUGUCAGUAGGCUUCAACUGCUAUACAGAUACAGUGCAUUCGGAAAGCAUUCAGACACCUUGACUUUUCAACAUUUUGUUACAUUACAGCCUUAUUCUAAAAUAGAUUAAAUUCAUUUUGUUCCUCAUCAAUCUACACACAAUAUCCCCUAAUGACAAAGCAAUUCUAACAAACUUAAAUAUCACAUUAACAUAAGUAUUCAGACCCUUUACUCAGUACUUUGUUGAAGCACCUUUGGCAGCGAUUACAGCCUCGAUUCUUCUUGGGUAUGACGCUACAAGCUUGGCACACCUGUAUUUGGGGAGUUUCUCCCAUUCCUCUCAAGCUCUGUCAGGCUGGAUGGGGAGCUUCGCUGCACAGCUAUUUUCAGGUCUCUCCAGAGAUGUUCGAUCGAGUUAAAGUCCGGGCUCUGGCUAGGCCACUCAAGGACAUUCAGAGACUUGUCCCGAAGCCACUCCUGCGUUGUCUUGGCUGUGUGCUUAGGGUCGUUGUCCUGUUGGAAAGUGAACCUUCGCCCCAGUCUGAGGUCCUGAGCGCUCUGGAGCAGGUUUUCAUCAAGGAUCUCUCUGUACCUUGCUCCGUUCAUCUUUGCCUCGAUCCUGACUAGUCUCCCAGUCCCUGCCGCUGAAAAACAUCCCCACAGCAUGAUGCUGCUACCACCAUGCUUCACCGUAGGGAUGGUGCCAGGUUUCCUCCAGACGUGACGCUUGGCAUUCAGGCCAAAGAGAUCAAUCUUAGUUUCAUCAGACCAGAGAAUCUUGUUUCUCAUGGUCUGAGUCCUUCAGGUGCCUUUUGCCAAAUUCCAAGCGGGCUGUCAUGUUCCUUUUUUUGAGGAGUAGCUUCCGUCUGGCCACUCUACCGUAAAGGCCUGAUUGGUGGAGUGCUGGAGAGAUGGUAGUCCUUCUGGAAGGUUCUCCCAUCUCCACAGAGGAAAUCUGGAGCUCUGUCAGAGUGACAAUCGGGUUCUUGGUCACCUCCCUGACCAAAGCCCUUCUUCCGUGAUUGCUCAGUUUGGCCGGGCAGCCAGCUCUAGGAAGAGUCUUGGUGGCUCCAAUUUUCUUCCAUUUAAGAAUGAUGGAGGCGACUGUGUUCUUGGGGACCUUCAAUGCUGCAGAAAUGUUUUGGUACUCUUCCCAGAUCUGUGCCUCGACACAAUCCUGUCUCUGAGCUCUACGGACAAUUCCUUUGACCUCAUGACUUGGUUUUUGCUCUGACAUGCACUGUCAACUGUGGGACCUUAUAUAGACAGGUGUGUGCCUUUCCAAAUCAUGUCCAAUCAAUUGAAUUUACCACAGGUGGACUCCAAUCAAGUUGUAGAAACAUCUCAAGGAUGAUCAAUGGAAACAGGAUGCACCUGUGCUCAAUUUCGAGUCUCAUAGCAAAGGGUCUGAUUAGUUAUGUAAAUAAGGUAUUUCUGUUUUUGCAAACAUUUCUAAAAGCCUGUUUUUGCUUUGUCAUUGUGGGGUAUUGUGUGUAGAUUGAUGAGGGGAAAAAACAAUUUAAUCAAUUUUAGAAUAAGGCUGUAACGUAACAAAUUGUGGAAAAAGGGAAGGAGUCUGAAUACUUUCCGAAUGCACUGUAUAAUCGUGCAGAAGGAGGCUAAUUCGUAAAUUAUUGAUAGGUUAAAGGAGUAACUUUGGUAGAACUAAAACAUUCUUCCUCAAUUGUCAGAGCCAGUGCGUACUGCCUUCAUAGGCCUGCAGUAGCCAAGCCUAAUAAUAACCAUAGCACACCAAACAUUCACAAAAGUCAAGUCACUGUUUUAUGGAAAAUACGAACAGGUUAUCAUAUUGCUGCAUUAAAUUAAGUUUUGCAUCUCGUCCUCUUAGUUUUUUCCUUUUCACGGUUUGAGAGCGAGUAGGUAUAGGCCUACCGGUAAUUCUAUUAUAUUGCGGCAAACACAACAUUACAAUUUGAACUUAAUUUGGCCAAAGAAUAUGGCAUAGUGAAACAAAACACUUGUUACAUAUUUAAAGAACUGGUUUAAACCUUCACAAGUGUUUUGAAUAGGCUUGGUGUCACGAUCGUUUACGGACGAGAAGGACCAAGGCGCAGCGUGAUAUGCAUUCAUAUUUAUUUACGUACUGAACACACGACAAAACAACAAACGAAACGUGAAGUCCAAGGUAGCAUACACACAACAUACCUUUACGGAACAAGAUCCCACAACUGACUGGUGCCAAAAGGCUGCCUAAGUAUGGUCCCCAAUCAGAGACAACGAGCUACAGCUGCAUCUGAUUGGGAACCAAACCGGCCAACAUAGAUCUACACAUAAUUGAGAUUCACCAUAGAAAUAAACACAACACAGAAACUACACACCCUGGCUCAACAUUUAAGAGUCCCCAGAGCAGGGCGUGACACUUGGCCUAUAUUGCAGCAAUUACCAAGAAAAGCAGGUGCCUACCCAACAAAUGGCAGCAAUAUGCUAAUUAUAUUUAUUUUAUAACAGGCCCCAUUUAAGGUGCACAAUAUUAAAAAGACAUUUCAAACUUAUUUUUGCCAACGUAAAUGUCUCAACAAAAUUAAACAAAACACUUUUUGCACUGGUUUAGAUUCUUAAAUAGGCCUACAAUAAUAAUAAUGAUAUACAAUAAUAAUAAUGAUAAAACAAAUGAUAAUAAAUCUGAUAAAUUCAAAAAUUGCAUCAAACUCGGAUAGCGAGUUGCAUCACACAGUCCAUUUAGCCGUGCCAACGUUCUUCUCAUCUUUGUCCACUGCAGUAUUGUCCCAUUGUCGGCAUCUUUGCACUAUACUCUUUCUCGUCUAACUUUUGUUUUACUUCAAUGAAAAGGCCUCCUUCACAAUCAAUAGUAGCCUAGACCAAGGCUCCUCUCACUCUCUCUCUCUCUCUCUCUCUUUCUCUCUCUCUCUCUCCUCAGAAGCAAGCGCAUGUGAGGUGAGCAGCCGGAACCAGUUUUAGCUGGACAUAAGCGAUGCGUUUUAUUGAGUUGCAAUUAGCUGACACAGAUAACAAGCUCGAGCAGUUCUCAUCACCUCACUCAUUAAAUUAACAGAGGACGGGUCCAAUCGGGUCCAGCCGGUAAAUACAUUUUCAAUUGCACAUACUCGAGACCCGUGCCAAUUAUAUCAGACCCGAGACACGUGGCAAUUAUAUCAGACCCGACCCAGCUCGGAGACAAAACUAAAAAUGUAGGACCCGCUCGGGUCCCGAGUCGGAUCUCGGAAUUUCCUGUCUGUUGGACCCGUGAAGACAUCUACUUCAAGCCAGAUCCUGCCACACCCACCAAAGUGAGCAAACGUAGGCUAUCUCAAAGUCUGUUCAAGAACGAUGAAGAACGUUUUGGGGAAAUGUGUUGUUCGGUACAAGCUGUUACGCAACGUAGCAAACGUUCAAUCAAACCCAAGAACAUACUUUCUCACAGUCAUUCUACAAACAAAUUGCCAAACGUGGUUACUUUCUGAACUGUUAGAGUUAGACUAACAGUUUAAAGUAAUACAUAAAUUAUUGGUAGGCUAUUUCAGUUGUGGUUGGGAUAUAUUGAAUUCACAGCUAUUUCUUUUUUUUUUUUAUCAUAGAAGGGUGUUGACCCCGGAACCCAUUGACCCUGACCCCCCCAAUUUGCAACACAAAGUUACACCCUUGUGUGAUAGUAUCACGUGUGUCAUUCAUACACACUGCAAUACAUUAUCAGUAGCCUCUCAUGGAAGUUUACAAGAUCGUAAAUACUGAAGUUGAUUUUGUUUACUUUUCCCCAUUCCCCUUCAUCUGUCAUUGUCUCUUUCCAGACAUCAUUGUACUCAUAGCUUCCAUUGCUGUGGUGUCAGCGGGUAGCCAAGGUAACAUCUUUGCCACCUCAGCAUUGAGGAGCCUUCGCUUCCUGCAGAUCCUGCGAAUGGUGCGCAUGGACCGCAGAGGGGGCACCUGGAAACUACUGGGAUCUGUAGUCUACGCGCACAGUAAGGUACGACCAUGUUUGUAGUCCAAUUCAGUGUGGACAACAGUCUGGCCUAGAUAGUCCUAUGUACUCUGUCCUUCUAUAAAAAAUAGCAGGAUGUGCUCCCCCUCUAGUGUCUGGUUCCUCUCAAGGUUUCUUAAUAGUGAUUCUUCACUGUCACCUCAACUUGAUCUUUAGGGGUUUAGGACCUGGUUGACACAACAAAUACAGUGAGGUUGGAUGUAUUUGUUUACACAUGUAAUACAUUGAUUUCCUAUAGGAGUUGGUGACAGCUUGGUACAUUGGGUUCCUGGUGCUCAUCUUCUCUUCAUUCCUGGUCUACCUCGUGGAGAAGGAGUUCAACAAAGACUUUGCCACCUAUGCCGAUGCUCUGUGGUGGGGCACAGUGAGUCUACACACACACACACACACACACACAUACACACACACGCACACGCACACACACACACACAUACACGCACACACAUGCACACACACUGGCCCAUGCAUACACCACACAAACACACAUGCACACUCCUCACAUACACACACAAAUUUGUAGUUUGAUCAAGAUGUUUCUACAUAGCCCAUACUGAUAUUCACAGGAUUGAAGUUUAAUCAGCAGAUACAAGAAAACAACCUAACCAGCACAUCUCUGAAAGAGAAAGAGUAGCUUUAUUAUCAUUACUGGACUUGCUGACCAGUCUAUAAUAUGACCUUAAGACAAAACAUUUAAAUAGCACAUUAUAGAAGGGUCCAGACACUUCUUUUUGCGAUUUCACUUGUUUUUGAGAAACGUACCCCCAACCAGUGAUUCCUUUCACCAUCCUCGUUGUGCAGUAUGGGGUCUCUGAAAAACCUGAACAAAGGCUCCAAAAACACCCAAAUACGUCCCUUUUGAAAUGGAAAAGCUCUCAGUAUAGUGAUGCAGGUCUUUAGAGGUUGUACACAUGAAAUUGUGUAAUUCUGAACUUUAUCCUUAACAUUGUAUUCCAUUUUGUUGUGACUUGAGAGAUACCUGUCUGUCCGUUCUACAGGUUGCCAAAAUAAAUGAAACACUUGAGUAAGUGAGGGAUACAAAGUAUAUUGAAAGCAGGUGCUUCCACACAGGAAGUUUCAGACACUUGUAGAAUAUAUGCCAAGGAGCAUUGAAGCUGUUCUGGUGGCUCAAUGCCUUAUUAAGAUACUUUAUGUUGGUGUUUCCUUUAUUUUGGCAGUUACCUGUAGUAGCAGGCUACACAGUGAAUGGAACAGCUGGAUAUGGGAAACGGCUCGAGUCUCACGAAAUGGAAUAACGUUGCGGAUAAAGUUCGGAGUGACAUAAUUUCAUGUGAACAACAGACCUGCAUCACUAUACUGAGAGCGUUUCCGUUUCUAAAAGGACGUAUUUGGUUGUUUUUCAAGCAUUCGUUCAUGUUUUCUCAGAGCCCCCGUACUGCACAACGAGGAUGAGGAAAUUAAUUGCUGGUUGGGGUAAGUAUCCCAAAAAAAUCUGGACUCUUAACAUAACAUUUACAUAAAAAAUGCUAAUUUGGUUGUAAAAAAGCUAACUUCUCCUUUAAUGACAUUGUGGCAUAACAGAGCUACAAGGGCAUGCUUGGCUGGUCUUCAAACACCUCCCUUUCCCUUUCCCAGGCAUUACUUACCAGACCUUAUACAAUGUCGACACAAACAAUGAAUGCCCACUGCUUCAGACCGGCUAAAAUUACCCAAUCGAUGAAUGUAAUUUCCAGUGUCUGGAAAUUACAUUGUUGGUGGGGGUGUAGUAGAUCAGCUCUAAUAUUGCAGAUAGAUUUUAACUUCCAUCAAUGUAAUUGUCUGCAUCACUUCUAAUCCCCCAUAUGUUUUUUUGUCUCGCAAAUAUAUAUAUAUAUAUAUAUAUAUAUAUAUAUAUAUAUAUGUAUAUACAUAUACAUACAUACAUAUAUAUACAUAUCCUUUUUUUAUCCCUUUAUUACUUUCCAACCCCACCACCCCUUCCCUAAUUGGAGUAAACUCCUCUACCCUCAACCUCUACGAUCAUUUUCAUGAUGUCCAUCCGGUUUGCUUGUCAUAUCUUUCUAACUGUGCUCUUUCACAAAAGCUCUCAACCUAUAACCUAUGUACUUAUUAUGGACACAGUAUGCUUUACAUUAGUUAUCUUUUUGUUAUUAGUUAUUGUUAGUUGUUAUUAGUCCCAUCCUUCAGCUCCAUUCAACACCUCCCAUCCAUCUCUUAACACAAUCCAUAUUGGAUAUAUUUUUCAACUGUGAUGUUUCACAAAAGUUCUGAACCCUACUAUUCUCAUUGUUUCUACAGACUGUAAAUUGAAAAUAAACAUUUUUGCUAAAAUUAUUAUUAUAUUAUUGAUCGAUUGACUAUGACUUUUCAUAUCACCCAGUAGUGCUAUCUGCAGGGUUAGCUCCAGGUAAAUAUUGCAAUCCUUCAGCCAUUCCUGGAGCUGUGACCAAAAACAAGCUACAGACUGGGCUAUUAGAUGUGCAAGGGGAGACAGGGACAGGGAGGGAAAGGGGUCACUGAAAUACACAACACACAAAAGUGCAGUGUUAUUCAAUCUUGGUCCUGGAGGGCUCUAUAAGGUGGAUCUUUCUAUUCAGGAAGUGAAUUGACUGAAUUGAAAAUGGAAUUUACCCAAAUACUACAAAACGGCAUUUGGGAAACACUGGCCUAGGGUAAUGGUGGAUAAUUUAGUUUUUCUGUGCAUCUGUCAUUGUGGUCUGUGGGGCUGUGGGGGUUACAGUGUAACAAUUGUAUUGUGACCUCUGAACUCUGUGAUGAUGAUGUGUGUGUCCAGAUUACUCUGACGACCAUCGGCUACGGAGACAAGACUCCUCAGACGUGGACGGGUCGUCUGAUCUCAGCUGGCUUUGCUCUGAUGGGGAUCUCCUUCUUUGCCCUGCCUGCCGUGAGACACAGACAACCACACAGACACAGACACAGACACACACAGACACACACAGACACACACAGGAACACACACACACACAAACACACACACACACACAGUUUGAAGUGUCAAGACCCACAGAUUCAGUCCAUCGUGUGUGUGUGUGUGUGUGUGUGUGUGUGUGUGUGUGUGUGUGUGUGUGUGUGUGUGUGUGUGUGUGUGUGUGUGUGUACAGGGUAUCCUGGGCUCAGGCUUUGCCCUGAAGGUACAGGAGCAGCACAGACAAAAACACUUUGAGAAGAGGAGGAACCCAGCAGCCAGCCUCAUCCAGGUACACAACACACACUCACAAGUCUAUCACCAGACAUGCUAUAACUGUUCCAGUGGAGGCUGGUGAGGGGAGGACGACUGAUAAUGAUGGAUGGAAUGGAGUGAAUGGAAUGGUAUCAAACACAUGAAAAAACAGGUGUUUGAUGUGUUUGAUACCAUUCCAUUAAUUCCGUUCCAGCCAUUACUAUGAUCCCGUCCUCCCCAUUUAAAGUGCCACCUGUGACAGUAGCUGAGGUUAAUGUGGUGCGGGAGUCAGGCGCAGGACACCGAAGCUUAGUCCAACAAAGUUUACUAGUGCAAACCAAAGCACAAUACAAAGAACGGCCUCAACAAUAAACAGAGGCGAGCGAUUACGCAGACUGUGCGUAAAAUAGUAAAUAAUAAACAUAGAUAAACAAGCAGCACUAACGGACAGGCGAAAUAACAACACACAACCUAACCAACUAAAAACAGGCAACUUAUAGGACACAUAAUCAGACACAAACGGACACAGGUGUAACAUACAGACAAAAGCAAUCAAACCAGGAAACAUCUAACGGUGGCAGCUAGUACUCCGGGGACGGCGACCGCCGAAGCCUGCCCGAACAAGGAGGAGGAGCAGCCUCGGCAGAUUCCGUGACAACCUGCCACCACUGAACUGUUCUGUGUGUGUGUGUGUGUGUGUGUGUGUGUGUGUGUGUGUGUGUGUGUGUGUGUGUGAAAGUGAACAUGCCCGCGUGUGUUUGUAUCAGAGUGUGUGUGUGUUUAUAUACAGUUGAAGUCGGAAGUUUACAUACACCUUAACCAAAUAAAUUUAAACUCAGUUUUUCACAAUUCCUGACAUUUAAUCCUAGUAAAAAUUCCCUGUCUUAGGUCAGUUAGGAUCACCACUUUAUUUUACGAAUGUGAAAUGUCAGAAUAAUAGUAGAGAGAAUGAUUUAUUUCAGCUUUUAUUUACUUCAUCACAUUCCUAGUGGGUCAGAAGUUUACAUACACUCAAUUAGUAUUUGGAAUCAUUACCUUUAAAUUGUUUAACUUGGGUCAAACGUUUCAGGUAGCCAUCCACAAGCUUCCCACAAUAAGUUGGGUGAAUUCUGGCCCAUUCCUCCUGACAGAACUGGCGUAACUGAGUCAGGUUUGUAGGCCUCCUUCCUCGCACACGCUUUUUCAGUUCUGCCCACAAAUGUUCUAUAGGAUUGAGGUCAGGGCUUUGUGAUGGCCACUCCAAUACCUUGACUUUGUUGUCCUUAAGUCAUUUUGCCACAACUUUGCAAGUAUGCUUGUAGUCAUUGUUCAUUUGGAAGACCCAUUUGCGACCAAGCUUUAACUUUCUGACUGAUGUCUUGAGAUGUUGCUUCAAUAUAUCCACAUAAUUUUCCUUCCUCAUGAUGCUAUCAAUUUUGUGAAAUGCACCAGUCCCUCCUGCAGCAAAGCACCCCCACAGCAUGAUGCUGCCACCCCCAUGCUUCACGGUUGGGAUGGUGUUCUUCGGCUUGCAAGUACCCCCUUUUUCCUCCAAACAUAACGAUGGUCAUUAUGGCCAAACAGUUCUAUUUUUGUUUAAUCAGACCAGAGGACAUUUCUCCAAAAAGUACGAUCUUUGUCCCCAUGUGCAGUUGCAAACCGUAGUCUGGCUUUUUUAUGGCGGUUUUGGAGCAGUGGCUUCUUCCUUGCUGAGCUGCCUUUCAGGUUAUGUUGAUAUCGGACUCGUUUUACUGUGGAUAUAGAUACUUUGUACCUGUUUUCUUCAGCAUCUUCACAAGGUCCUUUGCUGUUGUUCUGGGAUUGAUUUGCACUUUUCGCACCAAAGUACAUUCAUCUCUAGCAGACAGAACGCGUCUCCUUCCUGAGCGGUAUGACGGCUGCGUGGUCCCACAGUGUUUAUACUUGCGUACUAUUGUUUGUACAGAUGAACGUAUGUAAACUUCUGACCCACUGGAAUUGUGAUACAGUGAAUUAUAAGUGAAAUAAUCUGUCUGUAAACAAUUGUUGGAAAAAUUACUUGUGUCAUGCACAAAGUAGAUGUCCUAACCGACUUGCCAAACUAUAGUUUGUUAACAAGAAAUGUGUGGAGUGGUUGUAAAACAAGUUUUAAUGACUCCAACCUAAGUGUAUGUAAACUACAGACUUCAACUGUAUGUGUAUGUGUGUUUGUGUGGAAACAUGCACGUGUGUGUACAGUAUGUUUGUGUGUUCGUGCGUGUGUUUGUGUGCGCACGCAAGUGUGUGUGUGUAGUCGAUACCUAACUCUUUGUCCUCUCUCAGGUCCAAAGGAAAUACAGAGGUGAUAUUUAUGAGCUGUUUCCACUAGAGUCCAGUGUGGAUUUACAUCUACGCCAUAGCUCAUCCUAUCAGACAAGACCUGGACUAUUACAAUACACCAUCAACUCAACAUACACAAUGAACUCAAAAACCAACACAAAACACACACAGAUCUUGUUUUUCUAGAGAUUCUAACAUCAAGCAGAAAAAAACGAUUUGGCUACUUGUUUGAUUCAUGCAUUCAAUUUAGCUCCCUUUUUCCACCGCUUACAGGCCUGCAAACAGGCAACUCCAUUUGCUCUAUUCAUCCUGUCUGUAUAGUAUGGCUGAGUUGAUAAGGAACUCAACACUUCUUCGUCUGACUAGAUAUUUUCUCUCGACAGAUGGACUUACAUCUGCAGUCGGCAGGAAUGUUUUAUCUCUGUUGUUUGUUACCGCUGGGUCUACAAAACAUUAGGAACACCUUUCCCCCUUUUGCCCUCAAAACAGCCUCAAUUCGUCAGAGCAUGGACCAAAGUGUUGAAAGCGUUCCACGGAGAUGCUGGCCCAUGUUAACUCCAAUGCUUCCCACAGUUGUCAAGUUUGCUGGAUGUCCUUUGGAUGGUGGACCAUUCUCGAUACACACAGGAAACAGUUGAGCGUGAAAAACCCAGCAGCGUUGCAGACUGGUGCGUUCAAUGGCACUUAAAUAUUUUGUAUUGCCCAUUCCCCCUCUGAAUGGCACACAUACACAUUCCACGUCUCAAUUGUCUCAAGGCUUAAAAAUCCUUAUUUAACCUGUCUCCUCCCGUUCAUCUACACUGAUUGAAGUUAGAUUUAACAAGUGACAUCAAUAAGGGAUCAUAGCUUUCACCUGGAUUCACCUGGUCAGUCUGUCAUGAAAAGAGCGGGUGUUCUUAAUGUUUUGUACACUCAGUGUAUGUCUGUCUGUGUAUGUGUUGUGCACCUCUAUCUAUGUGUGUAUGAUUACGUGUACCCUAUCUCCUCACCAUGUUGCCAUUGCUCCCGUCUAUGUGUGUCUCUCUGUGCGUGUCACCUCGUACCCAAGGCUGCUUGGCGUCUCUACUCCACCGACGGUGCCCGUACCUACCUCAGUGCCACGUGGCAGCACUACCAGGGCGCCCACUCUCCCUUCAGGCAUGUAUCCCCCCUCCCCCUGCCCCAUGAUGCCUUGACACCACCGGUUUUACUAAUCACUCUCUUUUUGUUUUAUUUCUCUUUCUUUUUUCUUUAUUUCUUAACCCCCAUCCCCCUUCCUCCCUCCUCCGUUCCCUCUGGCCUUGUUUUAUAUUUUAUUUUGUAUUAUCCCCCCGUUCUCCCACCCCCCUCUCUCUGUCUCUCUCUUUGUUUUUCUUUUGUUUUUUGUUGACUCUGCAUGUAGUGUGUCUGGCGUAGUUAUGCUGCAGAUGAGAACUCGGUUUCCAUAGCUACCUGGAAGCCUCAUUUGAAGGCGCUGCAUACCUGCAGUCCUGCAAAGUAGGUAACAACUCAAGUAUGGCUGCUGCUCUGCUCUGCUCUCUUCCUAUUUGGUCUCUGUUUUCCUCUAGCUUCUUUCACAAUUUCCUGCUCUGCUUUUUUUAGUGGUUGGUCUCUUGUGGAUCUUGCUCCCUACUUGAGUUUAAUCAGCUCGUCAACUCCUUUUGACAUUACUUUCUAUACUUAUUUUGCUGUUAUUAUAAUUGAAUACUUGUAUGGUUACAGUAAUUUCAUAUGGACUUUAAGGCUCACAGUCAUCAAAUAUUCCAAUAUUUCCAGGCGCCCACACACAAAGAACCAACUUACAAAUACUUUUCUUUCACUAAUUCAUUUAAACAUGGAAAGUAAAACAGAGUGUACAAACAUUAACAUUUUCCAACUUAUGUUGUCCAGAAAUGACACCAUGUUUUCUCUGAAGACUUUAGGGUGUGUUUAAGGGCACAUGAGAGGAUCCUGGAAAUAUUCGCUGGACGACCUGCUUUAUCGCUCGCUCACUCUCUCCCUCUCACGCAAACAUACACACACAUAUUCUAUAGGUCUACACAGUGUGGGCACAAACACAGACAUCUGCUUUUUCAAUCACAAAUACACACACACACACACACACCCGACUGGGCACAGAAAAUAGUUCCAUGUCUAGUUUUGAAUUACAUUACAACGUGAAAUAAACAGAAAAUAUCCCCAUGUCAUUGGAUUUGGGUUAAAAGUUGGAUGAAAAAAAGAAGAAAUUCCAUUGAUUACUUUUUCUAAAUCCAAUCAGUUUUCCACAUUAAUUCAAUGUCAUCACAUGUAAUUUUUUGGUUGAAAUGAUGUGGAAACAACAUUGAUUCAACCAGUCUUUUGCCCAGGGACACACACCUUUCUAUCUUCUAUCUCUAUCUGCCAGUGCUUUCCUAGCCCAGUUGUGUCGCACAGCCAUUGUUUGCAUGUGUGCCUGCUGCAAUGUCCUGUAAACUAGCUCACAAAAUUAGUCUUGCACAAGGCUUUGACUGUAGUGGUUUGUGUUCUUCAUGCCUGACGGUUUGUCUUCUGACAUCAUGUCUCGCAUGCAAUACACACAGGGAGGAUGUUACAGUAUGAAGCUGGCUGACCUCUUCAUCUCUCUGCCCCUGUGUGUGGUGUAGGGAGACCCUGUAGACUCUGUCAUUAACGACUGGUAUCUCUUCCCUUGUCUCUCUCCUCUCUUCUCACUAACACCUAAAGGAAAGAACAGGGUGAGACGAUUAGCAGGUUUGUAGCUCUCGCCUCUACACACAUCACGCAAUGGUUCAUUCAAAGACAUUCACUCUAAAAAGAAGACCUAUGCUGGUUGAUAAAUGUGUUGAUACUGAACCCUCGUUUUCAAAUUGUUUUGAAAGUCACUGUUUGGCCAGAGCUUGCACACACCUGGUGUCCCAGGUCAGAAUCAGUCCCUGGUUAGAGGGGAAGAAUGAAAAUCAGCAGUGCUAUGGAAGUCUCUGUCCUGGUUUGAGAAAGGGCUCUCUGGUGUAUCAGUCUCUGUCUCUCAGAGCACCAUGGUCUCUCUUGGCUCCUGGCUCUCCAAGCCACCAUGAGCGUUGUACCGCUUUUCUGUCUCUGCCGUGUUUGAGAGAGUAUCUGAGUGUGUUUCUAUGCUUACUGUGUGUGUGUCUGUGUGUGAGAGAGAGAGGUUUGUGUGUGUAUUUCUACACUGUGUAUGGGUUUGAGUGUGUGUGUGUGUGUUUCUGCGAUAUGUGUGUGUUAUGUGCAAACCAGCGUCUGUACCAUGUCUGCACCAUGACGCGCGUUUUCCAUUCCAAGGGUAUUUAUUUAACUUGUCAAACACCAGUCUCGGUCGGCAGGCCGAGAGACAAGGAGAGGAGGAGGGAGAGACAGAGAGAUUUGUGACUUUAAGUAUGAUUUUAGGUUAUUGUUUUUACAGUACAGUGCUCCUUUGGAAACGGUGGAUUCCUCAUGUCAUGCCAGUGCAGCUAAAUUUGGACUUUAUGUUGAGAGACAUAUGCACAGCACAUGCGCAGGCACACACACACACACACACACACACACACACACACACAGACACACACACACACACACACACACACACACACACACACACACACACACACACACACACACACACACAACCAAACUGUCAUUCCCUGUUAAUCCUCCAAGCCAUUGGAAGUCAUGUGGUUUUGUAUGCUUUCGUUGGCUUCUCAAAUAACUUGUGUUGUGGUUUAGUCAAUUAGGCGAGAGCUUUUGAAAUCAUAAUUAUAGCCCAGGUUUUCAUACGUUCAAAUGUAUACUAUACAAUUAGCUGUAUAAUAGGAUUUUUCCUAAGCGUUGCUCACAUCAACAGUUAAGAACUUAGGUAAUGUUAUAAUUGCUCUACAGUAGCAAAUGACUCUGGUAAAACAGACUGUGUGUGUGUGGGUUGUUGAGUGGAUGGGUGGGUAGGAGGGUGUUUGUGUGUGUGUGGGCUGUUGAGUGGGUGGGUGGGUGGGUGGGUGAUGUGGAUGGAUGGGUGGGAGGGUGUGUGUGUGUGUGUGUGGGGGUGGGUGGGUAGGUGGGUGGGAGGGAGGGUGUGUGUGUAUGUGUGGGUUGUUGAGUGGGUGGGUGAGAAGGUGUUUGUGUGUGUGGGUUGUUGGGUGGGUGGGUGGAUGUGUGUGUGUGUGUGUGUGUGUGUGUGUGGGUGGGUGGGUGGGUGGGUGGAUGUGUGGGAGGGUGUGUGUGUGGGUGGGUUGGUGGGUGGGAGGGAGGGUGUGUGUAUGUGUGGGUUGUUGAGUGGGUGGGUGAGAAGGUGUUUGUGUGUGGGGGUUGUUGAGUGGGUGGGUGGGAGGGUGUUUGUGUAAUGUGUGUGGGUUGUUGAGUGGGUGGGUGAGAAGGUGUUUGUGUGUGUGGGUUGUUGAGUGGGAGGGUGUGUGUGUGUGAGAGUAUGAGGCUGGGGGUGUGUCUGCUUAUUCUGCUCCUUUCACAACUUCUGACUAUCUAGAAUGUAAGGACACAACCACCAUAAAUCACUCUCAUGGUUUGUAUUGCAACUCCUACAGCUAAAGGUGUGUGACCUACUGUAUAUAAUCAGACCACAGAAUACAGUAUAAUCGCCAGUUUAUACUUCUGACAGUAUUAUAAUAAUAAUAAUAAUAUGCCAUUUAGCAGACGCUUUUAUCCAAAGCUUGACCGUACAGAUGCCUCUCAUCCCUCCCUUCCCCACUCCUUGGUGUGUUAACCCCUUCCUCCUCUAUCUGUCUUCCUCCCUACCUCCCUAGUAAGGGUCAUAGUAAUAGGAGGCGCUUCAGAAGGUAUUACGCACAGAAUUUAGGAAGUAACCACUACCCAGCAUCCUCUCCUCCUUGGUCACAUGAUCUCUGGGAAUGCUGACUAACUGCCAGGUGCAUGGAGGAUGAUGAAAGAACCCCCAAACUGCCACCUACCCCCUCCCCAUGAAAUAAUUGUAUUUGCCCUUUGCUUGUCUAAUGGGACUGCUGCCUGUUACCUGUUGCCUGUUGGUUUUGACCCCCACCUCCUUUGGACCCCCUUAUCAGACACAACCCCUAACUAACUGUAUCCCGGUCCCCCUGUGUAGCGGAAGUAGUUCUGUGUGUAGAAAUCAGAACUCUUAACAGUCUUUCAUCGCCAUAAAAUCUACCGUCCAUCUCGAUCUACAUUGGUCUGCUGAGGUCCUUUGGCUUGGCUGCAUGGUACCACUGCAUGUGCUCAUCAGAAAUGGUCACCAUCACCCUGACUGACCUUUGACCCCACUCAUCCCACACUGCAUUGAUGCAUCUUCAUUUACCUAGGCUUUGGCAAGGUCCCUGUUAUCGUUAAAAACAUCCUAAUGGUUGGUCCACAGCAUUGCAUGCUUCUCCGGUUGCCAUGGCAGGGGUUAGGGUGUGUCUCAGGUAGAGGCUGUCUGCAUCACCCACCCAUCUAUAAAGCUACAGUAUGUCUAAGCACAGGCCCACUGGCACAAUACAGGUCUAAGUGUCCUAGAGAUACUGAGAUCCUAGCCUACAGCAUAAGUAGGAAGAGUGCUUAUAUGCAUCAGUAUGAAUUGUAGGUCUUCCCUGGUUAUUGUCUUUGUCUUGGAACAGUGGUCAGUGUCAUACUACUGCCUUUGAUCUCUAGAACAGUAGUUCCCAAGAGCUAGAGGUCCUGGAGAGCUACAAGGUGUUUACCCUCUUAGAACCAUUUUUUUAUUUGUUUGUCCCCAUAGGAGACUCCUUUUUGGUUCCAGGUAGAGCAGAACCCUGUAUGGUUCUAG